AUGCUGUUAUUUUUGAGCUGCACGGUUUUCUCUACUGCCCUUGCCGACAACACCUGGGAUCCAUAUGAGCGCCAAGUCCUGUACCAGGGCCCAUUCUUCGAGUUAAAGGGAGGAUUCAACACUGGUGAUGAGCUAGAGAUAUUUAUUUUUACGAAAUCGUCACUUUUUGAGCUGCGGAUCAGCGAGAAGCCCUAUACCGGCCUGGGAUUCCCGACGCCGCUGCUUGCCCGGUUUGUCGGGGGUGAGGAGAAGCAGAUUCAUCUGAAUUAUCGCACUUCGACUGACACUGACUGGAAUGGGGGCGCGGAUCAACCAUUAGCGCGGUACGACUGGGACGAGACGUGCGAGUGUUAUGCGGGGAAGAUCUCGAUUUUCAAGAGCUCAAACGGAAAGUUCCGCGUCGGCUCCACCUUCCAGAACCGUGACUUCGACUGGCCGUCGUUUACCCAACCUUCGAUCGUCGCCGUGACCCAUCAUCGACCACGGAAAAAUCCCGAAUGCCUGAUGAUGACUCGCGGGUACCAUACGCCGAGACCAACCCCUGAAUACCUACUAGGAAAAAUCAAACAAUGGGAACGUCGAAGGGCUUUUAAAAUCGACUUCUUCCCCCAUUUCCCAAUCCAUGAUCUAAUGCAUUUCAACGACGGUGACGAUGACCGUGGUCCCGUCACGAAUAGCACUAUUUUUAUCUGCCUCUGGAACAUAACGCCUCUUAAUGGGGAGAGCUUCUGGAUCGUCAACAACAAAUACCCAUUUGACCAGAGGCUGGAUCGAGAGUUAUCGAUUGCUUUCGAGUUUGACCUCAAAAAGCAAACAGCAACCAUGGGCUUCAGGCAUAAGGGCCUCAACUACGCGCUGAACACAAAACGCUUCCCGCCAUCCAAAAAUGGGAAAUACGGGACGUGCUUCCAAUUUGGGAUGAGGAGAUUUGGCGUUGGAGAAAUCAUCUGGAUGGCCGAUGGGAUAUUUGGGAAGGAAGCCAUAUCCCAGGGCCGUGUCAGAUUGAAGGCUGCCUGGCUGUCGGUAUGC